AUGGCAAACGGAAACGCAAGCAGCGAUGGGCCUGGGAACCCCUUGGCGGCCGUGGUGUCCACGACAGGUGGCGUAAUGGGUGGAGCACCUUCCUCGGCCAUAUCUACCUAUGUGAAACUUGUCCUUCUGGGCUUGAUUAUCUGCAUCAGCCUGGUGGGAAACUUAGUGGUAUCCCUGCUAGUGUUACGGGACAGAGCCCUACACAAGGCACCCUACUACUUUCUUCUGGACCUCUGCCUCGCCGACACCAUCCGCUCGGCAGUCUGCUUUCCCUUUGUCCUGGUGUCUAUCAAGAACGGCUCGGCCUGGACUUACAGCGUGCUCAGCUGCAAGGUGGUGGCCUUCAUGGCCGUCCUUUUUUGCUUCCAUGCUGCCUUCAUGCUGUUCUGCAUUAGCGUCACACGCUACAUGGCCAUUGCCCACCACCGCUUCUACUCCAAGCGAAUGACCUUCUGGACCUGCAUUGCGGUGGUGUGCAUGGUCUGGACGCUGUCAGUCGCCAUGGCCUUCCCACCUGUCUUUGACGUCGGCACCUACAAGUUCAUCCGCGAGGAGGACCAGUGCAUCUUUGAGCAUCGCUACUUCAAGGCCAAUGACACGCUAGGCUUCAUGCUGAUGCUUGCUGUGCUAAUCCUGGCUACUCAUGUGGUCUACAUGAAGCUCCUGCUGUUCGAAUAUAAGCACCGAAAGAUGAAGCCAGUCCAGAUGGUUCCAGCCAUCAGCCAAAACUGGACCUUUCACGGACCUGGAGCCACAGGCCAGGCAGCCGCAAACUGGAUAGCAGGGUUCGGCCGUGGCCCAAUGCCCCCCACUUUAUUGGGCAUCAGGCAGAACUUGCACAACCAGAACAGACGCCUGCUAGGCAUGGAGGAGUUUAAGGCCGAGAAGCAGCUUGGUAGGAUGUUCUAUGUCAUCACCUUGUUUUUUCUGGUGCUCUGGUCCCCGUACAUUGUGGCCUGUUACUGGCGGGUCUUUGUGAAGGCGUGCACCAUCCCGCACCGGUAUCUUUCCACCACCGUGUGGAUGAGUUUUGCCCAAGCUGGCGUGAACCCCAUCAUCUGCUUUUUCCUCAACAAGGACCUGAAGAAGGGCCUGGUGGCCCACCUGCCUCCCUGCUGUAGAACUCCACCUCAACUGCCCCGUGAGCCUUACUGUGUCAUGUGAAGAUGAGUGUUCAUUCAUAAUGUUUUU